GUGAAAACUCCAAACCAAGCCCAUUUUUUGACUCAUCUUCCAUUCCCAACAUGGUAUGAAAAGAAUGUCCUUUUAUCAUGACACAUUUUUAUUUUUAUUGACAUGGUUAACUUGACAAUUAAGGAUUAAAUAUGUGCUCGUUCAGAUGGUCAAGUAUUAUUUAAAUACCGGCUGUAAUCGAACUAUCUUUGACACUCAUGCCUCAAUUAAUGUGUAUGGGUGAAUAUUGAUAGUGAAGAGUGAAAACUGAAAACCUUAUCAAGAGAGUUAUUGGACGAGAAUGGUUUCAAUUUGGAGGUUGAAGAAGUUGUGCUUUGUGGAGCCUGUGAAGUCCCCCUCCUUUGGUUUUGAAUCCAUUGAAGUGGAAAGAAAGGUGCAAAAGAGGCAGUGUAAGGAGUGGAGGUGCAUUGAUUAUUGGUGUUGGGUGAUAGGGUACAUGUGCACCACUUGGUGGUUUCUCUCUUUGUUGUAUGGUUCCUUGCCAGCCACAUUGCUUGGCUUUGAGGCACCACUGUCACCUGGGGUGAGGUUAAGCCGUGAGGGAGUUACUGCACUUCACCCAGUUGUUCUUGUACCUGGCAUUGUGACUGGUGGGUUGGAGCUUUGGGAAGGAAGGUCUUGUGCUGAAGGCCUUUUCAGAAGACGGUUGUGGGGUGAUGGUUUUGCUCAAAUCAUCAAAAGGCCCUUGUGUUGGUUAGAGCAUCUCUCUUUGCAUGAUGAAACUGGGAUGGACCCGCCAGGCAUUAGAGUCAGGGCAGUGCCUGGGUUUGUUGCUGCUGAAAAUUUUGCUUCUGGUUAUCUUGUUUGGUCUGAUUUGGUAGAAAAUUUGGCAAAAAUUGGUUAUGAAGGGAAGAACUUGUACAUGGCUGCCUAUGACUGGAGACUUUCCUUCCAGAAUACUGAGAUUCGGGACCAAGCUCUUAGUAGAUUGAAGAGUAGUAUUGAGCUUAUGUUUGUCACAAAUGGCUAUAAGAAAGUGGUAGUGGUACCACAAUCUAUGGGGGCUAUUUAUUUCCUCCAUUUUCUAAAAUGGGUUGAGACACCUCCUCCCAUGGGAGGUGGUGGUGGUCAGGGUUGGUGUGACAGGUACAUCAAAGCAAUCAUGAAUAUUAGCCCUGCAUUUCUUGGUGUUCCUAAGGCAGUUAGCAAUAUAUUUUCAACUGAAGGCAGUUUUGCAUUUGUCAGAGCUGUGGCUUCUGGCAUUUUAAAUUUGGAUUACCUUGGUCGUCAAACACUUGAGCAUGUAAUGCGGGUGUUUAGAACUUGGGAUUCAAUCAUCUCAUUGCUUCCAAAAGGUGGUGAAACCAUCUGGGGUGACUUGGAUUGGUGUCCUGAAGAAUGGAAUAACUGUGAUCAGCAGGAAAUUUCAUGGGGAUGUGAUUCUGCUAACUUUAACUUAUCAUGUGAGGCUGUGUGGACUGGUUAUGAUGAGAUGAGCAGAGAAAGCAUCCAAAAAGUUGCUAAGAAAAAGGCUUAUACUGCAAAAACAGUUUUUGAUCUGCUUAACUUUGUGGCUCCAAAAAUGAUGAAGCGUGCUGAGGCUCAUUUUUCUCACGGGAUAGCAGACAACUUAGAUGAUCCUAAGUAUUGUCAUUACAAAUACUGGUCUAAUCCACUUGAGACCAAACUACCUGAUGCUCCGGAUAUGGAAAUAUACUGUCUAUAUGCUGUGGGAAUUCCCACUGAAAGAUCACAUGUACACAAUUUGUCCCCUUCUCACAAGUACAAUAGUCUUCCUAUCCAAACUGAUGCUUCAUCAGAUGGAGAAGAAGAAAGUUUGUUACAAAAUUCUGUGGAUGGUGAUGAGAGUGUGCCUAUUGUAAGCUCAGGGUUCAUGUGUGCCAAAGGAUGGCGCAGGCAAACCCGGUUCAAUCCAUCUGGCAUGGCUACAUACACAAGAGAGUAUCCGCUCAAACAACCAGGCAGUCUUGUUGAUAGAAGCCUAGAGACUGGAGCAAGUUCCAACAUUAUGCUAAAUGUUGCCUUAAUUGAAGAUGUUUUACUAGUUGCUGCUGGAGCCACAGGAGAGGAUAUUGGAGGAGAUUUGAUAUUUUCAGAUAUAAUGAAUAUGUCUCAGAGGAUAAAUCUCAGACUAUGAUUAAGAGCUAAAGAAAAGUGCAAGGUGAAUGAGGAAAUAGAGGAUGUUCACUAACAAAACAUAAUAGAGGAUGUUCACUAACAAAACAGGUAUGUUGGUGGAAUCUGAUAACAACUUGUGUAACCAUUUGCCAUCAAGAGAAAGGAAUUGAGGCUUAUGAGAUUCAUGGCCAUUGAACUGCUACUAAUACUUUGAUGGACUCAUGGUAGGAUGCAAGGACAGGCUAGAAGCAAAAAGAUAAUGUCAAAUUGUCUAUAAUAUAUGAAGGCUAAAUUACACAACACGGAACACACUUUACAAUUGAAGGUCAGGCAUGUGCACUUCCAAUUGAAACAAUUAACUCCUUGUAAGAUUGAACA